ACCGAGAAUCACGUGGUUGGAGCGCUGCUUGUUCCUGUUGUGGUCGGAAUAGAUGGAGCACAUGACAUGUGUCUCUGAAGCAGAUUAUUACCUCUGAUGUGCUCGAUGUUUUAUUAAAUACAUAAUAGCGAGACCAUUGAAAGGUUGCGUCUUUGCUUAAAAGGAUGGUGUUUUACUUUAAAAGCGCCGUUGUCUCACCGCCCUAUACCAUCUAUAUGGGCAAAGAUAAAUAUGAAAAUGAAGAUCUUAUAAAAUAUGGAUGGCCUGAAGAUAUUUGGUUCCACGUGGACAAGCUCUCAUCUGCCCAUGUAUAUCUAAGAAUGCCCAAGGGUACAACGAUAGAAGACAUACCAAAAGAAGUCUUGAUUGACUGUACUCAGCUGGUCAAAAACAACAGCAUUCAAGGUUGCAAAAUGAACAAUAUUAAUGUUGUCUACACACCAUGGGGCAAUCUCAAAAAAACAGCAGACAUGGAUGUCGGGCAGAUAGGCUUCCAUCGGCAGAAGGAGGUGAAAAUUGUGGCAGUAGAAAAGAAAAUCAACGAAAUCAUCAACAGACUAGAGAAAACACAAGAGGAGCGCUAUCCUGAUCUUGCUGCUGAGAAGGAGUCCCGGGACAGAGAGGAAAGAAGCGAGAAAAAGGCUCAAUUACAAGAGCAGAAGAAAAAGGAGAAGGAAGAAAUGAAGAUGAAAAAAGAGAUGGAAGAAUUAAGGAAUUAUUCAUUUAUAGAUGGCUAUGAUUCAGAUGACUUCAUGUAA